AUGCAUCUUGGAGUGUCCGAGUCAAUGAGAGAGUGCGAGUACAGCCAAAUAAGCACUCGCAGCUCCACUCCAAUGGAGACCCCUUUUAAGAAGAAGACCCCACAAAAGAGGAAAUGGGAAUCUUUUCCUGGUCGGAAUAAAUUUUACUGCGAUGGGAGGAUAAUGAUGGCCAAGCAGACAGGGGUUUUCUACCUCACCCUGGUCCUUAUUCUUGUCACUUGUGGACUCUUCUUCACCUUUGAUUGCCCGUUCCUGGCUGUGCAGUUGACGCCUAUUAUUCCAGUCAUAGGAGGAGUGCUUUUUCUCUUUGUGCUGGGAACACUGUUGAGAACCAGCUUCAGCGACCCAGGUGUGCUGCCAAGGGCCACUCCAGAUGAAGCAGCUGACUUGGAGAGGCAAAUAGAUGUGGCGAAUGGCAGCACAGGUUACAGGCCUCCACCCAGGACCAAGGAGAUAGUCAUCAAUGGCCAAACUGUCAAGCUAAAGUACUGUUUCACUUGCAAAAUCUUCAGACCCCCACGUGCCUCUCACUGCAGCCUCUGCGAUAAUUGUGUGGAGCGUUUUGACCACCACUGUCCCUGGGUGGGGAACUGCGUGGGAAGGAGGAACUACCGUUUCUUCUACAUGUUCAUCCUUUCGUUGUCCUUCCUCACCAUAUUCAUCUUUGCCUUUGUCAUCACACACAUCAUUUUACGUUCCCAUCGAACUGGGUUCCUCAAUGCGCUUAAAGAUAGCCCAGCGAGUGUGUUGGAGGUGGUGGUAUGUUUCUUCUCUGUGUGGUCUAUUGUUGGCCUUUCAGGCUUCCAUACAUACCUUAUCAGCUCCAACCAGACCACCAACGAAGAUAUAAAAGGAUCGUGGUCUUCUAAAAGAGGGAAGGACAACUAUAAUCCUUACAGCCAUGGCAAUAUUGUGACCAAUUGCUGUGCAGCUCUCUGUGGGCCUCUGCCACCAAGUCUCAUUGACAGACGUGGCUUUGUCCAUCUUGACACGCCACAGCUGGUACCGCCAACCAAUGGCAUUACUGUGUAUGGUUCCACGCAAUCUCAACAGAGCCACAUGUGUGACCAAGACCAGUGCAUUCAGAGCACUAAAUUCGUUUUACAGGCCGCUGCCACGCCUCUCCUCCAGCAGCAGACCACCGAGCCAGUCAUCAUGACAACUUCCCCAGAAAACGGAGGAUCCCUCCCGGGCCGCCCCUCACUCGGGCUGGGUGGGCCUUGCACUUCGCUGCCCCUCGGGCAACCCACGCCUCCUACUUCCACGCCCAGCCUCAGCUGCCAGGAGUCCACCGACAUUCGUCCGCUUCAAGAUCAGGUUGCACACCACCACUUUCUCACACCAGAGGACCUGCCCUCACCCCCAGGUAUGCUUCCUUGCAGCAGCCCCAUGGGUCACAGCCACACCGUGCAGGCCGGAUUCUACAAUCCAGCCAGCCAGGACUCGCUACACGAGGACUCAGUCAGAGGACUCGUGAAGCUCAGCUCUGUCUGA